CCUCUUUGGACCCUCAUUCAGAGUGAGACGGAGACCAGCAAACGCCAGGCAACUACUUUCUGUUGAGGCUGCUUUUCGUUUUUUUUUUUUUUACCGACUCCCAACAGUUUACGGUUGUUUUCUUUGGCUCGUGCACAUUGCUAACGUAUCCUUUGAGUGUCCCACCAUCAGCAUGUCCUCAGGCGCAUCUUCUCCUGUGAAGUCCACCACCCCUCCUCUGUCCCCGCUGUCUCCAGUCUCUCCAGUUUCCCCCAGCUCUCUGCGUCUGCCUGCCUGCCGCCAAAGAGACCGGUCACCCUCCCCCAUGAGGGGCUACCUGAUUCCCAGCCCCCUGCCCACCCGCCGCAACCGCACCUGCUCAGCUACAGCGCGUGCAGCUGAGGGGCCGGUCUUCACUGGGGUCUGCAAGUGCUUUUCACGUUCCAAAGGGCACGGUUUCAUCACGCCAUCAGAUGGAGGCAAUGACGUCUUUGUGCACAUAUCUGACGUUGAGGGUGAAUAUGUGCCUGUGGAAGGAGAUGAAGUUAGCUACAAGAUCUGCUCUAUUCCACCCAAACAUGAGAAGAUCCAGGCCGUGGAUGUGACCAUCACUCAUUUAGUGCCAGGCACCAAACAUGAGACCUGGUCUGGAGCGGUGGUUAAAUCGUGAGAUGCUCUCUAACUCUGAACGGUGUGAUAGUUAUGUCAAAAUGGGUUUCUGUUCCUUUCUGGAGGUUUGGGUGGGAUGGGAACGGGUCUGAAUGAAUUAAUGCCUUUAAGUGCUGUGACAUGACGCCACAAUUCCAAGAAAAAUAUAAAAAUAUUCAGUUUUUCCCUCCCUUUCUUUGGUCUCAGGAAGGGAGUUUGUUUAAAAUUCUCUAUUAUUGGGUUUGUGGUUAAUAAUGUGGAAUGAACAACAGUCAGUUAUACUUACCCUAUCCAUCAUUGAUUGAUUUGAAUGCUCUUAAGAACUGACUGCACUCUUAACAAUAAGCCUUAAUGCAUUAUCUAAAUAGCUAAAAUAUGUAUUCACUGAAAAAAAAAAAAUU